AUUCAGACAGUGAGUUCCGCCGCGGCUUCGUUCCGAGUGUUUAUGUGACAGCACCGUGACCGAACCGAGUCAUGAGCGCUGAUAACUCGAGUCCAGAUGUUCUGGUGCCGCUGCGGAAUCUGGUUAACUGUGUGAAAUCCACCAGAGAUCGUGUGAGAGAUGGAGAAUCAAACGAAUGCAGCGGCACGUUCAGCUUGUCAAACUUCUGGGAGACUUUGGAUCAAGCUGUCAAGACAACAUCUCAAGAAGCGACAAAACUCAGUUUAAUGUUCUCGAGACCUCCAGUGCCCUCAGAGCAGGAAUGUGCAAAACUGGCAGACUCUUUUCGGAAGAGCGUGCUGGCGUUGUCCACAGUUUACUUCUGGUUACCGAAGAGCCAAGGAAUUACACUGAGGAGGGGAGUUAGAGAUGCGACCGCUGAGGUUUUCGAGGGUCUGGUUCAGCUGCUGGAUGUUAUUCUCUCUUCUCCUUUACAAAGUUUGUCUCAGGAUCAGCUGACCUCUACCGGAGGAGUGUGGGCUGCCUGUGACCAGUUUAAUCAGCUCCCAAAAGAUAACCGCUCCGCUGUGUUGGCGGUCUUGACGUCAAAUGUUGGUUUGGUGAAAGAUGCCCUGGAAGAGAUGGAGCAGGCUCUAGCUGAGAGUCAGGACCCGUUUGGAGACAUCUUAGACGAUGAUGACAUGGACGUCCGUGGUAACCAGGACACAUACUGGUCGCAGUCAGACCGCCAGCUCAUCCGUCAGUGUCAGGGUCUUAUGAAAGCAUCCGGCGCAUGUCUGCGCAAACUCUCCUCUGCCGUCCGAAACAACGGUCGAGUGGAGACGGAGGAGAAUGUUGCGCAGUUAGACGAUCUCGCCGAUGUAGCCAAAGACGUCAGCCCCAGCAUCGAUGACCUCACUCUCUCUCUAUACCCACCUGUGGACCGUUCAGCGGUGGACGAGAAUGUUUGUAAACUGGUAUUUGUGUUGAAGAAGGUGCUGGAGAUCACUAGGACGAGUCAUGUUUGUCUGGAGCCAGAUGUUUCAUGGGUGGCGUUUCUGGACGGGGCUGUCAAUCACAACCUGGAGAAAGUACAAUCACUGCUACGUGACUCGAACUCAUAG